AUGCGCCCAGGAAUCUCUAAGAUUCUCCAGGCAGCACAAAGAUCCACGCAAACGCUCCAGGAAGCAAUAGCGGAGCUAGAGAGCACCACCAAUCACACCGAUCUCGCAACAUACGCUUCCCUGCUGAGACGAUGCGCCCGCGAGCGAGAUCUCCCCAGCGGCUGGCGAAUCCACGCCCACAUCCUCGCGUCGGGACGGGGCAGCGACGUCUUCCUCUCCAAUCUUCUCCUCCAUAUGUAUGGAAAAUGCGGCAGCCUCGCCGAUGCGCAGCGGAUCUUCGAUCUUCAGGCUCAGCGGAGGAACCUCUACUCGUGGACUGCUAUGAUCGCAGCAAAUGCCCAGUGCGGGCAUUGCAAGGAGGCGCUAGUGUUGUUCCAUCGCAUGAAUUGUGAGGGCCUGAGGGUUGCAGGGGUGACGUUCGUGGCCGUGCUAGGCGCUUGCGCUAAGCUGCGAGAUCUCGCGCAGGGCCAGCACGCACACCAACGAAUUCUCUCCAGCGGCGGCUUCUCCAGCAACAUCGCGGUGGCAAAUUCGCUGAUCACGAUGUACGCCAGCUGCGGAUUUAUAGAUCUCGCGAGAGAAGUUUUUGAUGGAAUGUACAUACGAAACGUUGUCUCGUGGAAUUCGAUGAUUGUAGCAUAUACCCAAGCCCGGUAUUUUGGAAAGGCGUUGGAUUUGUUUGACAAGAUCAAAGUGGAGCCGGACAGGGUGACUUUUGUCACUGCGCUUGGUGCCUGCUCGGAUUUUCAGCAGGGAAAAAUGAUCCACGACAGGAUCUUGGCUUUGCAGAUCGAGCUUGAUGCUGUUCUUGGAACCGCGCUCUUGAAUUUCUACAGCAAGAUCGGCCGCUUGAAUGAGAGUAGAGAUGUCUUUGAUGCGAUUCAAAGGAAAGAUCCUGUCUCAUGGUCUGCGAUGAUCGCCGGAUAUGCCCAAAACGGGCAUUGCAAGCUGGCAGUGGAGCUCUUUUGGAGGCUCGACCAGGAAGGCAUCCAUGCAAACCAGGUAACUUUCAUCAGCGUGGUUGACGCAUGCUCCGGCCUGGGAGAUCUUCGCCAAGGGAAGGGACUACACGCGAGGAUACUCGAGCUGGGCUUUGACAGCCAUAUCACCGUCAAGAACACGCUGCUCAAUCUCCACGGCAAGCUCGGCAGCCUCGAGGACGCCGAGAAGGUGUUUCACUCGCGGGAGGAGAAGAAUGUGGCGUCCUGGAAUGCGAUGAUCGCCGCGUAUACUCGUCACGGGCAUGGAUCCAAAGCAGCCCAAACGCUGGAGCUCAUGGACUUUGAAGGGACAAAGCCGGACGAGGUGACUCUCUCCGGGAUCUUCGACGCUUGCGGUGACAUGGGCGAUUUAGCGUCGGGGAGGAAGCUCCAUAUCCGGAUCCGGGGAGGAGAGCUCGAGCAGGACGUCACGGUUGCAAACAGUCUUAUCAACAUGUAUAGCCGGUGCUGGAGCGUGGUGGAAGCUGAGCUCGUUUUCCAUCGGAUGACAAAAAGAGAUCUUAUAAGCUGGAACAGCCUCAUUGCAGCAAAUGCCAUGCACGGGCAUCCAGCUGAGGCUCUCGAUCUCUUCCGGGAGCUCAGCCUCGAGGGCUUUGCCGCGGACAACUUCACGUUUACGAGCACGUUGUUUGCUUGCAGCCAUGGUGGCUUUCUCAAGGAGAGCCUGGAGGUGUUUGCGUCCAUGGUGGGGGAUUACCAGGCGGUGCCAUCGCCGCAGCACUAUGGGUGCGUUUUGGAUCUGCUUGGGCGGAUGGGGAAGCUGGGCGAGGCCGAGGAGUUGAUCGGUGACAUGCCUUUGGAGCCUGACUCUGUGGCGUGGAUGAGCCUCUUGGGUGCGUGUAGCACUCACUCGGAUGCCACCAAAGCUUCUGGACUGGCUGAUAGUCUUGUGGAGCUCCAGCCAGAGAAGGCUGCUCACUAUGUAGUUUUUACUAAUGUGGCAACCAAGUUUGAAUAG